AUGAUUCGAGUCGCGUAUGUCACGGCCUACAAUUUUGUCCAAUUUUGGAAAUCACCUUCAUUUAUCUGUAAACUAUGCAUUAGACGGGUUGUACUGGAGCCCGAAGACGGUGGCCUUUGGUAUGUUGGACAAACGCAUUCGCGAUUCGCCGUUGAGAUCGCUUCGCUGCUCGGGACACCGACCUGCUUCCUUCGUUUCCGCUCGGCCCAUGCAAAGCCCUUGUCUAUCUGA